UUAGAAGACAUUGUGAAGUAGAGUUUGGAUGUGUGGAUGUCUGACCACUGAAAAUCUUGAUUCAGUCACACUUUGCAAGACUCAUUGUAUGAAAACUGGAUUGUACGACUGAUUCUUUUAAAGAUGAGGAUGCUGUAUCUUAUUUUCCUCUUCGUACUACAGAAAGUUCACAGCACUGCUGUUUUCUGCCCAGAAACAGAUGACCUCAACUCUGACAAGCUUCUGAUUGGUUGUCUGGGUGUGCGGUUGACCUGGCUGUACGCGGUGUUUGAAGACCUGCGGUCAGUGCUAGAGUUUGCGGUCAGUCUGCGGUGUGAGACUGGACUUUGUCCUGCAGACAUCCAGGAUCACGGGCAUUACUGCAGUAACGCAAACACGCGGGACCUCCAGCAGAUACAGCCCGUAGACGCGCUCGACGGGUGUUGUUUUACUCACUUGAGAUGUUCACAAGAGCUAAAGGAGAGAAACUGCAGUCGCAGGGCACCAACAAACAACAACUACACCUGCAGCUACAACUCCAGCUGCGAUAUGUUGGAUUUCUGUGAUGAAGGAUUCUGUCGGUGUGAUCGAAUGGUUAUAGACUGCAUCAGCUUCAACCGUCCAAUCACAAAACAGGACAGAGAUAACCAGCUUAUCACAUCACAGACAGUUUCUCCCUUUGUGACGGAUCUACUUGAAAAUGACACCUACAUUAGUGAUGUGGUCAAUGUAACAGAAAGUGUGGAUCUUCCCCUGUCAGACAUCGACAUGGAGACCAUGUUCUACGAAGUAAAUGGCAUGCUGAAUGAGACUAUGAGCAACUUCACUAAUGAGCUGGUGCCGGUCAACGACUCUCUGAGCAGCAAUUUCCAGAGCACAGAGUAUCCAGGGAUAUAUCAGUCAGGUCCAGAGGAGGAGGAGAAUGAAGCCGGGGAGAAAGAGCUGGGCAGAAACCCAGACAGAGAAAGCACACUUGAAAGAGAGGAAGAGCCAGUGGAAUAUGAGGAUGGGCUCUCCAAUGUUACUGCUGUGUUGACAACCGAAGAGCCUGCUGGAGACAAUGUGGAAGCCCCUACUACCAACAAUCCAGUGCAAUGGAACAAACUGGACUGGACAAACAAUGAGCCGACUGUUAGCAUGGCGCUAACAGAAUCACAGAAUGUCACAGACUUACCAGAUAAGAACACACCCCACAUGACCCCGCCAACAACAUAUGUACAAACUCACUCACAACCUGACCAUCAUCCAUUUGACGAAGAUGAUUAUGAGAGUGAAGAAGAUAAACUUCAGUUAUUCACAAGCAACACUUUAAAACCUACUACACACACUUUUGAACAUACUACACUCACACAAACGCACACUACAACUAAUUACACACAUGGCAUCACUAAACCACAUGUCGACACACAUGUUAUAACAGAAGAAGAGAGUGAAGAAUCAGGAGAGGAAGGAGAAAAGGAAGUACAAUCUACACAGAGCCCUUAUAUGGUUUUGAUGACCACACCCACUAAAUUAACAACCAAUCAAAGCUCGCAUCACAAAACAACCUCGUCAGUGGUGACCAGUAAAAAUACAGCAGCUUCUGUGCAGUUUCCCUCUAUGAAAGAAAGUGAGGAGAAAUACAUAUCAGAUGAAAGUAAGCCAGAGAGCAAGGAAGAUGAAGAGACAGAAAAAGAGAGGGAUUUAUUAGCAGACCCGCCAAACAAGAGUCUAGAAAGCAGCACAGAACAAAACUACAAAUUAAGCACAACAAAACCAACAACUCCAACUCAAAAAAUGGACAAGGAAGAGAGUAAGGAAGAUUUACAAAGUCAUGAAGAGGAUGAUAAAUCAACCACAAGCCAAACCACCACCAUCCCAUAUAGGGUGAGCCAGAUUAGUCCGUUCAGUUGGGUCAUUCCAGCACCGAUCCCUAAACCUGUGGUUCAUAGUGUAUCACCAGCACCAACAGUGGUAAAACCAACUACGAACCACAAGAGCACAACUGUGGUUCCUCAAAAGCCCAUCAGCACACGGACCACAACAUCAGGACGAGCUACUGUUGAAACCAUCAGUCAUCCUCAGAAACCUCCCCAUCCAAUCACUGAUCGGUCACCCUCAUUGACCACUACGGAACGGCAGGAGUCUGCUGAGGAAGAGGAGGAGGAGGAGGAGGAAGAAAAAGAGCCCUCUGACAGCUCUCAGGAAUCUAAGAAAAUUGAGUCUCUUCGGGUCCGGGGACGAGCGCUGCCGUUUUUUACUUUGUCUCUGUUGGAAGCAGCUGGACUCACAGAUUUGCAGCAGCAAAAAGACUCUGAGGAGUGUAGCAUGUCUUUCCUCCAGUACAGCGCAUCUGGACGGGUGUGGAGGGAUAUGUCUGCUCUAGGAGAAAUGUUACACUGUCUGACCGGACGAUGCCCUCAUGAGUAUCAACACUACGGUUGCUACUGUGGUCAGCAGGGGACAGGACAACCAGUGGACCGACUGGACCGGUGUUGUUUUCUGCAGCAGUGCUGUCUGGAGCAGCUCAGUGUGUUUGGCUGCAGGACAAACAGAAAACUCAACGCUCACAUCAGCUGCCACAAAGCAAAACCUCAAUGUUUCGGAGUGAGUGUGUGUGACCGGCUGCAGUGUGUGUGUGAUCGCUCCACUGCUGAAUGCAUGGCGGCGUCACACUUUAACAGCUCCGCCAGCUCCUCAUGCUCCGGGCCCCGCCCACUGUGUCUCCGCACGGCUCAUUCGUCAGCACAGUCGACCAAUCAGGAGUCCAGCGAGGAGAGCGAUGAAAUAAGCCAAUCACAGCCUCAGAUCAACACACAAUCAGACACAGUUGACAGAAAACCCACACAAAGCAAACCACAACAGGACGUCAGAGAAGAAGAGGAAGACGAAGAAGGAAAGGAGAAAGAGGAAGAAGAAGAAGAGGAGGAAAAGGAACAAGAGGAAGAAGAGGAGGAAAAGGAACAAGAGGAAGAAGAGGAGCAGUAGAAGGAGGUGUUUUUGUCAUUUUGCUAUUUUCAGGCAGCUCUUGAUGAUGUUAUACACAUUUAAUGAAAAGUUUAGUAUUCAGUGAAGAUCUGCUGGUUUUUGACCUACUGAAAGACCUUUUAUAUUCGGCUGUUUAAUUAAAGAAUAAAGGCAUUUUUUGUUCAGAUAAAAUGAUAGAAUGUUGAUAAAAUAUGUUGAUUUCUGUAAAGAGAAAUGUUGAAUAUAUAUUGGUAAAUUGAACUUUUAUGCUUUUACAAUUGACUAUUUUUAUCUGAAUAUUUCAGUUUUAUUAUCAGUAAAUUUAGUACCUCAAA